CACGCCUAGAACGCGAACGCUCUCAAUGACGCGCUUCCCCCACCUCCUUAACCCUCUGCGGACCGGGCAACGUCAUCAAGCUCAGCCCUUGGGUAGCAGCUGUAAAGACGGCAGGGACUUGUUGCGGUUGAAACGGAAAGGCCUUUGCUAGGAUAAAGGGCCUUGAAUCAGAGAAAAAGAUGGCUUCAUCUGACUCAGACGAGCAGAAUCCUACCUGUAAAAUUAUGACAUUUAGACCAACUUUCGAGGAGUUCAAAGACUUUAACAAAUAUCUGAUAUACAUGGAAUCUAAAGGUGCUCAUCGAGCAGGGCUGGCAAAGGUGAUCCCACCAAAGGAAUGGAAGCCCAAGAGACACUAUGAUGACAUAGAUGGUCUUGUGAUUCCUGCGCCAAUUCAGCAGAUGGUUACUGGCCAGUCUGGCCUUUUCACUCAGUAUAAUAUUCAGAAGAAACCAAUGACUGUAAAGGAGUUCAGGCAUAUGGCCAACAGUGGCAGGUAUUGUACUCCGACGUACAUUGAUUACGAGGAUCUGGAACGCAAGUACUGGAAAAAUGUAACAUUUGUUCCGCCAAUAUAUGGAGCAGAUGUUAAUGGAAGCCUCUAUGAAAAAGGUAUUGAUGAAUGGAACAUUUCCCGACUUAAGACCAUUCUGGAUGUUGUAGAUGAGGAAUGUGGAAUAUCCAUUGAAGGUGUCAAUACGCCUUACCUUUACUUUGGCAUGUGGAAGACGACGUUUGCAUGGCAUACUGAAGACAUGGAUCUGUACAGCAUUAACUACCUCCAUUUUGGGGAGCCAAAGUCAUGGUAUACAGUUCCACCAGAGCAUGGUAAAAGACUGGAAAGACUGGCUCAAGGUUUCUUUCCCAGCAGUUUUCAGGGUUGUGAUGCGUUUCUGAGGCAUAAAAUGACUCUCAUUUCUCCAUCAAUAUUGAAGAAAUAUGGAAUUCCAUUUAGCAAGAUUACACAAGAACCUGGUGAAUUUAUGAUCACUUUCCCAUAUGGGUAUCACGCCGGUUUCAAUCAUGGUUUCAACUGUGCCGAAUCGACAAAUUUUGCUACAGUCCGGUGGAUUGAUUACGGAAAAAUUGCCAAACUGUGUUCUUGCAGCAAUGACAUGGUUAAAAUCUCUAUGGAUAUAUUUGUCAAGAUGUUUCAGAAAAGUAGAUAUCCGCUAUGGAAACAAGGGAAGGAUAUCUGCACAAUUGAUCAUACAAAACCAACAACUGGACCAACACCAGAAGAAAUAGCUUGGCAUAUGAAGCGAAGUCGUAGGAAGAAAGAGGCUGUCAAAAGCCUUCAGCAUACUAGAUCUCGUUCUAAGAAGCUUAAGACUGCAGAGAACAAGAAAGCUGUGGUACCAGGGGCAGAAAUCAUAGCUAGUGAAGCUACAGAUGACUUCAAGGUCAAUAACCAACCUACAGUAACAGUGGAGCUAGAAGAGAAAGAAAAACCUACUGGGUGUACUAUGAAUAUUAAAGCAAAGAAUGUGAAUCAAAGUGGAUCGAAUACUAUCCUGGCUUCAGGUUCUGAAUCCAGUCUUCAAGAUCAGGUAGUAAAUCAAGAACAAAAUGGUGACGGUAACCUCAAUUUGGCUUCUUUGGGUUCAGAGGAAUCGUCUGGCACUUUUGAUGAUCUGAAAAUGCAAGAGGACAGACAUAAAGAGGAGAAGACUGAAAAUGCAUUAUAUCAGAAUUCAGAAAACUAUCAUCCCUCGGUGCUUGAGAGUACAGAGAAAGACGACACAAUUAGCAAUUCCAGUGAAGAAGAAUCCAGUGACCUUGAUAUUGCUGAAAAUGGCCUUGAACCUGGAGAAGUUCCUAAUAUGAUUAAUGAUGAGAAACAGGCCUCUGAAAUCUCCAGUCAGUGUGGUACGCAUGUGUUAGAAAAGAGUGGGAAACUGAAACAGACCACCAAGAGCAGAAGACUUCCGCUGAGCACUCCUCCAUGUGGGUCUGCGAUUAUAGUGCUAAAAGAAGAUGCCAUAAGUGAUGGAGAAUUGUCAGAAAGUAUGGAUAAUGAUGUUACAGAAACAGAAUCAUGGGCAAAACCACUUUUUUACCUUUGGCAGACUAAGUCUCAAAGUUUUGCUGCUGAAAAAGCUUACAACCAAUCCGUUUCAGGAAUGAAGCCGUACUGUGCCAUAUGCACUCUCUUCUUGCCUUAUUACAAGUCAGAAACCUACAACGAUGAUGUUCAGGCUUCCUGGGAUGAUUUAUCAAAUAGUAUAAUUUCGUCUUACUCAAAAACAAAGUGUCUCAUCCCAGAAAUGUGCUUUACAGACAAGAAAGGCAAAAAACAACAUUCAUCUCAAAAAAGCUUCAGUAAAGAUGAUGAGAGAAGUCAGUUAGUUACCUGUGCAAAGUGUUUUGUCCAGGUUCAUUCAAGUUGUUAUGGUGUUCCUUCCCAUGAAAUUCAUGAUGGAUGGAUGUGUGCUCGAUGUAGAAUUGGAGUUUGGACAGCAGAAUGCUGCCUUUGCAACUUGAGAGGAGGUGCAUUAAAGCAAACAACUGAUGAUAAGUGGGCACAUGUAAUAUGUGCUAUUGCUGUUCCAGAAGUCAAAUUUCUAAAUCUGACAGAAAGAUCUGAAAUAGAUACCUCUACGAUUCCACUUGAAAGGUUAAAACUGAGAUGUGUUUUUUGCAGAGAAAGAGUUAACAGGGUUUCUGGAGCAUGCAUCCAGUGCUCAUAUGGGCGCUGUCCGACAUCUUUUCAUGUGACCUGUGCUCAUGCAGCUGGAGUACUGAUGGAGCCUGAUGAGUGGCCCUUUGUAGUAUAUACAACAUGCUUCAGGCACAUGAUCAAUCAGAAUAUGAGAAGUAAAGUUGCUAAUAAAAAAAUAUCCAUUGGUCAGACUGUAAUAGCAAAACACAGAAAUACACGAUAUUACAAUUGCCAGUUGAAAGAGAUUACAUCACAAACCUUCUAUGAAAUUGUGUUUGACGAUGGAUCUACAAGCAAAGACACUUUCCCUGAAGAUAUCAUUAACAGACACUGUCUUACACUAGGUCCACCCGCAGAGGGAGAGACGGUUGAGGUUAAAUGGUCUGAUGGCUUACUUUAUGGAGGAAAAUAUCUGGGAAAGAAUACAGUUUACAUGUAUCAGGUUGAGUUUGAAGAUGGCUCCCAGAUUGUCACUAAAAGAGAAGAUAUAUACACACUUGAUGAGGAGCUUCCAAAAAAGAUUAAAUCCCGCUAUUCCAGAGCCUCUGACAUGAAAUUUGAAGAUGAGUUUUAUGGAGAAGAGGUCAUUUGUGGUCAGAAGAAAAGGCAGAGAGUGCUCAAUGUGAAGUUAGAAAAUGAUUAUGUUAAUGAUCCUUUAUAUCAUACUUUCUUAAAGAGCUCAUUCCAGACGACAUGCCAGCAAGUACUUUGAAGACCAGAAAGAUCACUUCUACAAUCUGCACUGUGGCUAAACAACAGUAAAGACGUCUGAGGAUUAAGAUACAAAUGUAUAUACAUAACUUUGUUAGUAAAAUGAAUUGUUGUGAAUUAUUAAUCGACAAAUUACAAAGCAAUGAAUUGAUAGCACAAAAUGAAAAAAGUCAUUUGUCAUUUCUCUUCAGUGGCUGAUAUGGGCUUUGAAAGGCCAUAAAGUUUGAAAUACACAUUGAAACAACUUUCUUAAGAAACUCAGGACUUCAGCAUACUACUUUUUUUUUUGUAAGGAACUCAGUACAAUAAGUUUAAUGCAAAAUGUCUAUUCCACAUAAAAAUCUCAUACCAGCAUUUAACUUUUGGAAGUACAUAUGCAAAUAUGUCAGGGAUUAAAAUAUCAUUUAUAGAAAUCUUGUUUUUUUUUCCCAUUUUCUAUGUUGUAGACUUUUUUAUUGUAUUUUUGUGUCUCUUAUUUCAUUGUCCUCCAGGAGAGAUACCUGAUUUGACUGGUUAUUUACAUAACAGAGAUGAAAUGAAGAUUUUGUAAAAUUAUUUUUAUUUAUUCAAGUACUGAAUACGUGAUCUUUCCCUAACCAUCAGCUAGAUGUUACUUUCUUAACUCAGCACACUCUGGUCUAUAGCAAUUUGUCUUUAGGUAGAAGAAUUAGCCAAUCAAUGGACUUAUAACAUCUGACACCAUGGGGUAAAGAAAGCUGUUAUCAAUAUUUUUUUUUUUCCAUAUUUAAUGCUAAGCAAUAAACCAUUAUCUGCACAUACACCUUCACUGUUGAUGGGAAAGCCAACUUCAGCCAUUUUCAGAAAUAUUUUCCUUGCAUAACUAAUUACCAUUUAGUUGCCUCUCAUUGGCCAGAAAAGAAUUCAAAAGGACAUUUGUGACAUAUAACAGAUGGUCUGGAAAAGUCAGUUCGUGAAGUAGAUGGAAAUCUCUGCUUUGGUUUGAACAUUUGGAUUAUUUACUAUUUUUACAGUUACAUUUUUCUUCUUGCCCUGGAAGUUAAGCAGUGAAACCACAGUAUAUAACCUAUAGUGUCCUUUGCCAAAAUACACUCCAUCUGUAUAAUAUUUUUCAGCAAUAAGCAAUGUUUUCUAGAACAAAAUACAGAUAUCCUUUUUUUUGGCUAACAAGACAAAAAAUCAUCUUUAAACAUGAAAAUUGAUUAAUUUGAGAGUUUAUAUCUUAAUUUACAUUUUUUAUUACAUAUUUUUAUGUUUGGUUCUUGAUUCUUUCUGAUGUCCACGUGAAUUGUACUUACCCUGUGAACAAAAUACAGAUAAGCCCAUAGUUACCAUUUCCCUUAACUAAGCAGCAGAACAUAAAGUAAUUUGCUGGGUAAGGAGAAAGAUGACUUCAGGGUAUAUGCUUAUGAUAAAUUAAUUAAAGUUGGCCAUACAUGGGCAAAUAGAAACUGUUUACUCUGCCCUUUCAGAUUUAGUAGGCAGCUUAUUGCCCUGCAUAUUGGGUCUUUCUAGUGGUAUGCCUGAAUCAUAUCUGGAAGAUGAGAAAAUCCUAAUGGAUGAGGACCAACUCACCACAUUUACAUACACACUCUUCUCCCUGUGGGUCUCCAUUGGCAUGCUGUAUGAACAAUUUUUGUGUGGGUGCAUGCUCAUGUUAUUUAUCUGCAAUCAAUUUAGUAUGAUAUUUGAACAAUAAAUGAAAUGUGUGGGCAUACACCAUACAAUCACAAAGAUUCAGCAUUAAUAUUAUGUAGUCUUUUUCGAAUCUGAGGGGAAGUUACAGUAGUAAAAAUAGGGAAAUACUUUUACAAGCAAAUCAUGCCUUGUUAUAAGGUGAAAAAGAUGAUACUGUAUUCUGUUGUCUUAAUUAGUUUGUGCCAGAGAUAGCAUUUUCUUAUUUCUGUAUUUUGUAGCUGGUUGUUGUUAAACGAACAGUAAAAGCUAGUAGUUAUAGCAUAUACAUAUAUGUAACAUGGGGUUUUUAAUAUGCAGUGCCUUACCCAGAACCACUGAACUAGAAAUCUAUGCGCUAAAGAAAGUGCUACUUCUCCAAAAACAGUGCCAAGUGUGUGCCACUAUUUUUCUACACCUGUAUUAAAGCCAUUCAGCUCAUUUGUAAAUAGCUGUGCAACAGUCAGAAGAAAAGAGACUUGUUUUGAAUCAUAUUUCUCCUGCUUUGCUGUAUAAGGAUUGCUUGGCACAGUUUUCUUGGUGACUAUUAGCCAUAUUACAUAACCGAAAAAGCUGCUUCUGUUUUCAGGUCAAUGCCAUGUGGGGCUGCUUCUGCAGAUACAUGCAAGUUGAGAUUCAGCCCUUAUCUUGUGACUUCAUUUGGAGCCACUGUAUUGGCCUGGGUUCAUACACACAGAGCAAAUUUCUUUGUCAAAAUAUGCAUGUAUUUUGGCACUGAAAUUUGCUCUGUGUGCCUGCACCCGGGCCCUAUGCUGUGACUCUGGGUACAGUCUCAAGAGAAGGCUAAUGAUAAUGGAGGGGCCGAUUCUUGGCCUGCAUUUGUUUUGUACCCAGUGGAUCAACCCCAUAUGGCGUUAGCCUUAUUCAUGUUUAUAAACAAAACAAAAUGUUGUAAAUUGACAUUUGACUUAACCAUGGAUGUUUUUUGCUUCUUGUUGUUUUUUGUUUAUUUUCAGCUAGCAUUUUUGGAAACAAGGCAAAGGUAUAUUUAAAGAACUAAACCGUGGCCCAUCCUUAGCCCCCUUCACUGCCCACCAAGCUCCCUCCCCGCAACAUCAGUUCCCCUGUGUGCCAACCUGCUAUAAAUUUGCAGAGUUGCACAGCAAUGUUCAAGGUGCCAUCUUUCCCUGUCUUCUUCUAUUAGACUGCUGACACCGAUCUUACAGGAGCAUGCACAGUUGAAUCUAAAUCCUUCGACUGCGCAAGCUCCUGCAAGAUCCGUUUUGGAGAACUGACAGAUAAGGAUCCAGAGGAAAAUGGCACCUUUGAACUCUGAAUAUUUAUGGCAGGGGAAUUUUUCAACAGAAAAGAUGUUGCAGGCAGGGAGUAGAGGGCAGUAGAAGAGGGGAGUAAAAAUGGGCUAGGGUUUAGUUCUCCUUUAACUUUACUUGAGUUGAUAAUUACUCAUUUUUUCAGCAUAGUGACAAUGGAAACAAUCAGCAGUCUGGGCUAUGUACUAUAUAACAGUUUUUUCUUUUUAUUUAAAUAUACAUGUAAGUAUGAUCUUAGUUUUAUUAUAAACCCUUUGUGA